AUGACUGACCAAAGGCCGAUUUGUCGUGACUUCCUUCGAGGCAAUUGCAGCAAGGAUGUCUGCAACCUUGCCCAUGUGAACCUUGACCAAAGCCAUGCUCCAAUCUCAACCCACCGGACCCAACGUGCUGCACCCAACUCACAAUUUACUGAGAAUGACACUGCUUUCAGUCAAAGCAAAGUUACAUUUGACAAAGAAGCGAUGGAAAUCUGUGUCCAAGGGUGCAAGGACAACAUCCCUCUCCACCCAACCUCAGUCCCAAAGCGUGCGCCGGAGACACAACCGGGGAUCAUCGACACUCCAGGAGGACGACAUAAUAAUGACUUUGCCGAUAUCUGUCGAGUCAAAAUCAUGCCAAGUUAUGAUGAGAUACGCUGCUCUCGGUCAGACUAUCUUCCCACUGUCGACCCCAGUCAGUGGCACAUUCAAGGCAUUGACGGGUUGCUGGACCGGAACUUUCGACUACUGCGAGAGGAUACAGUUGGUCAAAUCCGCGAUACUGUUCGUCAUCACAUCAUUCCCAGUGCAAAACAUGAACAGCCACCUUUGCGUAGUUUUGUGCACCAAAAUGCCCGCAUUCUGAAUCUGGGAUUCAACUGGUCGGCUGGUCUCUACGUCGAGAUAGACUUCCCCCAGCCUGCAGCAAUGGGGCCAAACCCCCCUCUUGUUAGGCGACAGGGGUGGUGGGAGGCCUCCAAACGAUUUUCGCCUGGCGAUUUGGUGUGCCUGGUCAUUCAAAAUGACUUGGUUCUGUUCUGCACUGUGGCAAACCAAAUCAUGUUGCCCAGACGCAAGCACUCUCGUGACCCUCCAGAAAGAGCAGAAUCAACCUCAUUAUGGAACGAUCUGAAGAGGGCAUCUGUGAAGUUGACGCUUUUUGACUCCAGAUUCACUAAUAUCCAGCUCAUCCUUGAUUUGUACGGCACCAAGGAGCCGCCUGUGUCCGUGAUUGGAUUUCCAGACGUUCUUCUUGCCUCUUUCGAACCCUCUCUGAGGGCACUUCAAUGCAUGAAAUCUAGAGGAAAUCUGCCAUUUUCGGAUAUCUUUGUUCCAUGGAUCUCUAAAUCCUCCCGGUCACCUCAAAUACCCGCCACAUUGCACACCUCGCAACCCAGUUAUGCAUACAAUCUUCGUUGUCUCUUGGACACUGACGUUGAUUUUUUUAUUCAACCUGGUGAAUUCCACGAAGUUCAGGUGGACUAUCUACGGGAGCAUUCAACCUUGGAUCAAGGCCAAGCUCGUGCAUUGAUCAAUAGCUUAAGUAGGCGCCUGGGGCUAGUUCAAGGGCCACCUGGUACAGGGAAAAGUUACAUAGGUCAAGCUCUCAUCAAGGUUCUCCUAGGAAACCGAGAUGAGGGAUCUUUGGGUCCCAUACUAUGUGUGACCUAUACAAACCAUGCUCUUGAUCAGCUCCUAGAGGCUCUUCUAGAUAACAAGGUCACAUCACAGAUUGUUCGCGUGGGGUCCCAGUCUCAAUCAGAAAAGUUGGAACAGUUCAGCCUCCACGCAAUCUCAAGACUGGAUUUAAAGACCAAGGGAGAAAAAGGAGAGAUACGGAGCAUAUCCGAGAAGCUUUCAUCAUACGAACACGAGUUUCACAGCAUUGGUCUUCAGAGGCACGUGUCUAUCGACCAGAUCAGGCGUCAUGUCCAGCAGCAUCAUAUCCAUCACUACAAGGAGCUGUUUCAGGCAACUAACCCGUCGACCAUUGAAUCCUGGGUAGAUUCUGGUGUGCAAAACAAUGCCCAGCCACGAUCGACUACGGAGCUUGAAAAUGUCCAUGUCUCCGAUAUGUCUAGACAGGAACGACUGAAAAUCUACAAUCGAUGGUACAGGGAGUGCCGGGGAAACAUGGACCGCAGAGUCACCAAACUCGUUGAAUCCCACGGAACUGCCAAAUCAAGAUACGAAAUAAUUCACGACAAUAUGAAUCUGCGUCGUCUCAUUCAAGCAGAUGUCAUCGGUGUCACUACAUCAGGACUAGCCCGCAGACUUGAUAUGUUCCGGCAACUUCCAUGCAAAUUCAUGAUAUGUGAAGAGGCCGGCGAAGUCCUUGAGCCACAUCUUCUUACGGCAUUCCUACCUUCAGUCGAACAUGCAGUGCUGAUUGGUGACCAGCAGCAACUUCGCCCCCGGGUUCAAAGCUACGAUCUUUCCAGGGAGAACCCCCAGGGAGGUAGUCGGUACUCAUUAGAUGUUUCUUUGUUUGAAAGACUGGUCAAUUCAGACAAAACACCAAUUGAUUGUGGACAUUCCUACAGCACGCUCGAUACUCAACGUCGAAUGCACCCCGAGAUCUCUCGUUUGGUGCGGGAUACCCUUUACCCCCGUUUGAUAAACUCUUUCUCUGUCUUCUCUUAUCCAGAGAUCCGUGGGAUGCGAAAAAGGCUGUUCUGGUUGGACCACCGCUCAAAAGAAGACUCGAGAGGUGAGGAUGGUGGCACAGCAACAUCGCAUUGGAACAGCUUCGAGGCCGAUAUGAGUGUCGCCCUGGUAGCUCAUCUCGUGCGGCAGGAUUACAGAUUUCGAGACAUUGCGGUUUUGACUCCUUAUUUGGGCCAGCUCAACAAACUAAAGGACAGGCUUGCCAAGGCCUUUCCAAUCGCAUUGGGAGAUCGUGACAAGACCAAUCUUGCUCAAGCAGGACACGAGGGGAAAAUCGCUCAAAACAUUCAGGUGGACAAAGAAUCUCCACAUGGUACCCUACGAGUGGCCACUGUGGACAACUUCCAGGGAGAAGAAGCCAAAAUCGUUGUGAUAUCUUUGGUUCGAAGCAACUCGCAAAAUAACUGUGGUUUUCUGCGUACUUCUAACCGGAUCAACGUACUGUUGUCGAGGGCACAACACGGAAUGUACAUCAUCGGCAAUUCAGAAACAUCGCGCUACGUCCCUAUGUGGGCCAAGGUCAUCCACCUUCUAGAGCAAGGUCGCAAUAUUGGCCCGGCCCUGGAGCUGAAGUGUCCUCGGCACCCAGGUACAGUGAUGAAUGUCUCAACUCCAGGAUCCCUCAUUGAUCUUUCCCCGGAGGGAGGCUGCAAACAGCGUUGUGUCUAUCGUUUGAAAUGUGGACAUGCCUGUACCCACAGCUGCCAUUCCGCAAUCCUUCAUAGUACCGUUGUUUGCUCCGAGCCUUGUCUCCGAUCGCUUCGUGGCUGCGCCCACCCAUGCCCUAACCAGUGUGGGAUGGCUUGCCCGGAUAAGUGCAUGGUCAAAAUACCCCAAAAACAGAGAUUAUCCACAUGUAGCCACUUUGCGAAAGACUUCACAUGUUGGCAAAAUCAAAACAUCUCCACAUUUCAAUGCAAAGUGCAAGUGCUUAAGAAGAUUCCGGGUUGCAAUCAUGCCUUCUUGACUUCAUGCUGUGUGGACGUUGAAACAACCGACUUUCGGUGUGGAACUAAAUGUUCGAGCAUUUUGUCCUGUGGACAUACUUGCAAAGGAGUGUGUCACCAGUGUGUCACAAAGGGAUCCGAGGGUAUCAAGAUUGAUCAUGUAACAUGCAAAGAGCGAUGUAACCGAAAACGCCCGGCAUGCUCUCACACUUGCUCCCGUCCCUGCCACGGCAAAGCCCCAUGUCCCCCCUGUCGAGAGCCUUGCAAGUCCCACUGCGGUCACUCCCGAUGUUUGCGAGAAUGCACCCACCCAUGUCCCCCCUGUACAGAAGAGAAGUGUCUCCCUGUAUGCCCUCACAGAAAUUGCUCGUUGCCAUGCGCAGCCCCUUGUGAUCACAGACCGUGCUCCAAGCGAUGCAAUAAAAGGCUGAGAUGCGGCCAUCAAUGCCCAUCGGUAUGUGGAGAAGUGUGCCCUCAGUUCUUUUGCUGCCAACUCUGUGGCAACAAAGAUGUCAAAGACCGUGAGGUCGAUCCAGUUCUCAAAUCAAAAUACAGCGAUAUCAACCUGAACAACACGCCAUGUCUAUUUCCGGAAUGCGGACACUUCGUGACAAUCCAAACCAUGGACACGCAUAUGGAGAUGGCAAGCCAUUAUGGUAUGGACAAUCAAGGCAGGCCAUCGUCCCCUCGGAAUCCACCAACCCCAUUUUGUUUCCAAAGCUUCAAACGGUGUCCGACUUGCUUGUCAUUGCUGAAAAGCUUUGUGCGAUAUUCCCGAUUGACACACCGAGCUGCUUUUGAUGAAUCGGUGAAGAAGUUGAAUGUGCUCAUCAAUGAAGAGUUCGUCCCUCUUGCUUUGGGACUUGGUCGGAUUGUUCGUGCAUUGGGUGCACUCAACCUCCAGAAAGGAUUAGCAUGGUCUGCUCCUAUCGAGAUCAGCGGGACACGAUGGGGUCAAGUCACAGCUAUGCGAGAAGUUGUCAGCGCGACAAAUCCCGGUCAGUGGGAUGACAUUCUUGAUUUGCGGGAACGAAUCGAGAGACAUCGCCGCCGCAUUCAACCCGAGGAACAAGCCUUUCAAAACUUCCACCAACUACUGAGCCGGUAUCCUGCUUAUAGCAACACGACAAGCAGCCUGAAACCUGUCAAUACCGGGCCCCGGACCAAGGGCCUCCUCCAAGUGAACGCUCUCUUAAUGUGUCUAGACCUUGCACUACUAGCAAGCUUCUCUGCGCUCUUGAUCAAAGCACGUGAAUCCAAAAUUCGGGUAAAAAUGCAAUUUGAUUUGCAAACAACCAAAGAGGAUUGCCAAUGGAUUAUCGAUGAAGCAAAGUCGAGCCGCAGAAUAUUCCAUCAGACAGAGGGAUACAUCUAUCUAGCAAUGGUCCAUGCCUUCGAACAUGUACACAGUUCGACACUGAAACAGAGGAUAGUGCUUGCUGGGCUUGGCCAAGAUGCCCUCGUUCAUGCCAAGGCUCUUUGCACUGCGCAUCCUGAUCAAACUGAAGGAUUGCCAUACCAGGUGGACUGUGUGGAAGAGAUGCUGGACGACAACAAGUUCUACGCGGUCGUUGCUAGCAGUAAGCGCCUUGCUGAUAUAUCAGCGAUGCAACAAACUUACACAAUGGGGACUGAAUGGUACUAUUGUAUCUAUGGACACUCGUUUACCUGCCAAGAGAGUGAAUCGGCCUUGAAGAAUGGGGUUUGUCCCGAGUGCGAUGUACGCCUGGUAAUUUAG